AUGGCCACCCGUCGUAUUGUUGCUACUGAAAAGACAUUCCUCGAUAAGGAUGAUCCUAUCGACGAAACCUCAAGCACUGCUCCUGCUGUACCCAGAUAUAACAGCCAAGUAAUUUACAAGCUUCUGGCCUUCACUUUUGCUAUGGUAUUUCUGCCAAUUGGUUCAUAUUUCCUUACCGUCAACAAUGUUUUCAAUGGCAAGUCUCUUCGCACAUUCCUGCGUGUCAGAAUUCAAACUAACGGCAACUCUUCUUUCGCCGGCGGUUUGGCUGCUGUAUUGGCCAACGUCGUCCUCAUAGGCUACAUUGUUGUUGCUAUGAAGGAGGACCAGUCGGACCAACUACAGGCUGAAAACAAGAAGGACAAGUAG